AUGCAGCACCUGGGCAAGGCCGCGCUGCGAGUCACGAAGAACUACACGAAGGGGUACUCAGAUACGCAGGCCAAAGUCCGCGAGGCCACGUCGAACGACCCAUGGGGGCCAUCGGGCACGCAGAUGAACGAGAUUGCGCAGCUAACGUAUAAUCAGGGGGACUUCGUUGAGAUAAUGGAGAUGCUGGAUAAGCGCCUCAACGACAAGGGCAAGAACUGGAGACAUGUAUUCAAGUCGUUGACUCUACUUGAUUACUGUCUGCACGCGGGGUCGGAAAACGUCGUGAUCUACUUCCGCGACAACCUCUACGUUAUCAAAACAUUAAAGGAAUUUCAGUAUAUUGACGAAGAAGGUAAGGAUCAAGGCGCCAACGUGAGGCAGAAGGCCAAAGACAUCACCAAUCUGCUGCAAGACGAAUCACGUUUACGGGAAGAACGACGGUCGCGGGCUCAUAUGCGGGAUCGGAUGAUCAAGGCGAACGGCGGCGAGGAAGGUGGUCCCAGCUCAUUCGAUGAAGACGAAAAUGUAGUAAGGCGGCGUAAUAACCGCGGGCCUGGUGCUGGUGCCCCAAAGGAGGACGAUGAAUUGAAGCGCGCCAUCGAGGAAAGCAAGAGGUCUCAUGCGGUGGAGCAAGCCAAAGCUGCGGAGGAACGGGAUCUUGAGCAGGCCAUCAAACUCAGCGAGGAGGAAGAAGCAAAAAGGCACAAAGCUGUGGAGGACUCGAAUUCAAGCGCGCUAUUCGACGACACCAACCAACUUCCCCCGCCAACCACAACAAACCCGUUCCCACUCAAUGACGCCAAUCCUUACGCCAAUCUUCAGCCUCAAUACACCCAGCUCCAGCCUCAGUUUACCUCGAUGCAGCCUCAAUUCACUGCAGCAAUACAACCCCAGUUCACCUCCUUCAACCCUUACCAGCAACAAGCACAGCAGGAAGCUCUCCAGGCUGAAUACCUCCGUCAGCAACAAGAGUUCCUUGCCCAGCAACAGGCUGCUCAGCAGCAGCAACAGCAAGAAGAGUGGCUGAGGCAGCAACAACUUCUACAGAUGCAGCAGCAGCAGGCCCAACAGGCCCAGCUUCAACAGCAGAACACCUCCCUCUUCGCACCUCAACAACCUCUCGCGCCACAGCCGACUGGAUUUGGAACCAACAAUCCUUUCGCGCCAUCUCCAUCAGCGUUUUCGCCUGCUCAGCUGGGUCCAUCCCCCACUGCCUCAAGGGGGCCAUCGUUCAACCUCCAGGGGACAUACGCUAAUUCUUCGGCUCCAUCUUUCACCUCAAGCCCUUCAAUCACGCCAUCCAUAUCGCAUUCCUCGAGCCCGGUAUCGGGGCCAGGUCAAGGCAGGCCGCCUAUAGUCAAAACGAAGAACGACGAGCAGCACGCUCAACUCGCCAGUUUAUUUGCGAACAAAGACGACGGGAUGGAUACUUUCGGGAAUACCGGAAUACUGAGGUACGGUCAGUCGGACGCCGCCAGGCUCGUUGCCGCCCAAACUGGAGGCCACAAUCCGUUCGCUCGGCAACAGCAGCAGCAACAGGGCGCCGACAAGCCUUUCUUUGAUAUCUAG